GCUACGCAUUGUGUCUCUAAAAUAAUAACUUCCGACAUUACUAAAUUUAUGACAAAUAAAUGACAUAAAUAUCUCUUUAUACUUUACAGAUCGGCAGUUAUGCGGGAUUCGCCAUUAUUUUUAUCUGUCAAACUAUGGAACUAAUCGUAUUUCCUGAUAUAUUCGACGGAAUCGGAUGGCAAUUUUACGUUGCACUAUUUACUUUGCCCAGUUUGGGUUUGCUUCUUGGUUACGGUCUGGCUGCACUUUUCAGACAACCAAGUUGUGUAAGAAAAACGAUCGCCAUCGAAUGCAGCAUUCAGAAUAUUGGCACGGCCCUUACUGUUAUUUCUUUAUCAUUUCCUCUCAAGCUUCAAAAAGAUAUCCUUGCUUUCCCCUGGCUUUAUUCCAUACCGUUAUUGACAACUGUGACGGUAUGUUGCGCUUCGUAUCAAAUAUAUAAACGUAACUGCUUGAAGAAAACAGAUGACAACGAUGAUUUCGAGAAAAAGAAUGGUUAG